AUGGCACAAAGUACCUUUGGAUGUUGUACACAAUUUAAUUUCCACGAUAUUGGCAUUGACGAAUUAAAAAUGUGGGUGAAUAUUACUGAUCAACGCUGGAAUCUUAAUCUAAAUACGGAAAAUGCCGAACUUUUAGUAGGAAUUUGUGAUCAAUCCCAAUACAAUGAUCAGUCAUUGAGUGACUUGGCAGAAUUCACCCGAUUUGAGCUUUAUCUAAGAAACUAUUGGGUUGUUAGUGUUGGUGAAUCUAAUUACCUUGCUUUUCGUCGUAGUAAGAAUGAAACUAUUCUUCCAAAUUGGAAAAGUAUUUUUGGUAUUUAUCCAGAUUAUCAUAACGAAUAUUUUGUGACGACAGAUUAUCAAACCUCUUUUAAUUCAGCAGUAAAUUUUAACGGGACUUAUGCAUAUAUUUCUCUCACAUUACGCUCAACAGAAGUUGAAGUCCUUCAUGAAAUAAAAGAAAAAACUUACACUCGGUGGAAUUGUGACUUUUGGGAUGACUCUUUAUACUAUAAUGUUUGGUAA